UUAUACUUAAAAUAAACAGAGCUCGAGAAUAUCUCGACAGCAGUCAUCAUGACGCUCAGGCAAGCGUUGUCAUAGAAACAGACGAAUACACUCGAUCUCGUAGAGAAGUCUGGCUAGACUUAAGAUUCAGAAUUAUUUGAUUAUUUAUUAAUUAUUGAAGAGGGAGAAACAUGUACUAAGCAAAUCAUGUUAGGUUCCAACGUCCGUAAUUUUUUGGCGGCAUCAUAUGCCGGGCCAGGAACAUAUUUAUUUGUGGAUAGUUAUGAAUAUUAGUGAGCCGUGAUCGAAAAAUAGUAAUUUACACCAUUUUUUAUAUGAAGUUACAGAGGAAUUUCUGAAUAUCCUCCUAAAGGAAAUUAAUCGUCGUAAAAAUGUCGAAAGAUGAGAGAAAAAUUUGUAAGCAAUUUUUACGUGAUUUGAAAGGAAAAGGGAAGAAGUACCCCAAAUUCGACGAGUCAUUUAGUAUAUUAAAGAACUAUGUUGCUUCCAAUGGGCUGGAAGAUGAGGAUAUUAAUGAAUUAGCAGAUGUUAUCAUGACUGUUGAUAUGGGUGCUAAUCGAUUGGUACCUUUAAUAAUGUGCCUAGUUCCAAAGUACAAAGUACCGGAAGACACAGUUAAAUCGAUCAUUGCUUGGGUUCUGGCACGUAUCUACGAAUUAUCUGUUAAUGUGUCCACUAUAGUUAUACAGUGGAUAAUUGGUAUACUGGAUCAUCACUUGGUAGAUAGAAAAGUAGUUAAUAUAUAUUACUAUGUAUUUUUUCACGUGAUGCUAAAGAAAGAAAGAGUAGGGAAACACAUAGCGCGUCUUGUUUAUAUAUUAGCAAAACCAGAAGACGUGACACGUAGAGAUGUAUCUAGAUUAUUAGCUGUUCAGCAGCAAAGCGUGAGAUCUCUGAAUCAUUUCACUGCCCUACUCUCAUUAUUUAAAUCGUAUAAACCUGAAUUAGUACCUGAGAGAAUUCAGUCUGUAAACAUAGGGAGCGUAUGGAGAGACAUACCCGAAGCUUUACAAUCAUUAUUAGAAAAUGUUAGAGCUCGGUCGGAAGUCUCGCUGACGGAAGACAAGAAAUGCUUUAAUUGGAACACGUUUCAAUUGAAAAAAACUAAGAAAAAUGUAGCGCCGUUGCUACCGUCCGUAGGAUACUUUCAAGUCGGUUCUAAUAUCUUUGAAGAACAGGAUACAAGAUCAAUUUUUGAUAUCACCAGUCUCGAAGACCUGGGUAAAUUGCAUUUGAGCGUGAAACUGCCGUCCAGCGCUGUGUCACUUUUAUCUAACACCGCAGGGCAUCAUCUUCUUACGUUUGCUAAUGUUCAAUAUCAAAGUAGAUUCGCUUUUAAUCUCUACUGCACUUUGCAAACCGGAUUCAUAUUGGAACCUGAAACAGUUUCCCCGGAGGAGACGAAUAAGUUACUCGACAUGACCAUAGAAUUUUCACGGUACAUGCAGCAGAGCGUACCCACUGUAAAUCGUUUCAUUCAUGAAUACCUCUACCACAAUAUGGGAGAAUACCAAUCGCAGUUAUUAGCUUUAAUGGAAUGGAUGACUUCGGUGUCUAGUAGCGAUUUACAAGAAAAUCUAUUAAUACACCUGCGCAGUAUGUUCUAUCAAUCGUCUGUGACUGGGAAAUGUGAGAUUAUCAGAUCACUGAAAGGAUUACUCACGAAUUUGUUUGUCAGUGAAGCAUUUGGAGAACAGUGCCAGCAAAUACCGUUUUUAGGACAGGCUCCAAUGACUAAUUUAGAAGAAAUCAUUCCAAUUCUUAUGAAAGCCGCUCAAGAUCUAAUCGUCUCAGGCUUAAAUAUACAUUCGUACAAUAUUUUAUUACUUUCGGAAGCGUUGUCGUUUUACGAACAAAUUUGUAUACUGGAAAGCCACAGUAGAAACUCAUUUUUUACUUUGGCACCCUCCGCAGUGAUUUACGGAUCUUUCGUUACAAACAACUGCGCGAUCCUAUCAAGGAUAUGCAAAUUAUUAUUGAGGUAUCGUGAUAGAAGCCUCAAGUAUUCAUUGAAUGAUGAUGCAAUGGCACAAGUUAAGUCAACUAUAAUAGAUUUAGCUAGCUGUAUCCAAGAUGUUGUUGAAGCAUUGUUCCACGACGAAGUAUUCAAAACACGUAGUAAGAGGUACUUCUUGAAUAAUAUUUCAAAAGAAGUGAUGGAAGAUUUAAGAUCCUAUCAGUUGAAUUGUCUUCUGAACAUCACUAAUCACUGUGCUAUUUUACCAUACAAAUGUAUGUUGAGUAUGAACGGAAUCGAGAUCGACUCAAAAGAGGACGCCACACGAUAUAUCGCCAAUUAUUAUCCUGAUAUACUCCGGCUCUUCACCACGUUUGAAAAGUGAUGGUAACCAGGAUUUAGUUAAAAAGAAGUGUAUGUAUGUACAGGUAUCUAUUUCUAAGUUUAGAUUUGUUAGUUUUUUACUUUUAUACAAAGAAACGAUUAAAUCGAGAGGCUUGAUAGUAGCUCGAUUGCUAGUAAAAUAAGUAAAUGGAAAUUAAUCCUUAUCUUUUAUUUUCUCUGAUUUACAUUCAAACUUUCAUGUACAAUCCAUUUAACAGUCUUCAAUAUACGUAUUUUUCUAAGGAAAA